CAACACAGAAAUUAAUUUUUUGGACAAGGGAAACCAGACUCAACAAUUUAUCCAAUGAAUGGCCAACAUCAUCACGCCCAUUCCAACCUUUUAGAGUACGACCCUGUUUUCGGUCUAUCAACACAGCAACAAUUGACAGCUGCUUCUUUGGAUGUUGGGGGGACUUUGGCAACACUGACGGCUUUUUCAGCGUCAUCUGUGGCUAAUUCACCAAUGGAUUAUACUGUUAUUGCUGGAGGUCCCCCAGCUUAUGACCAACUCUAUCGUUACCAGGCAACCGGAGGUUAUUAUGACGGGCUUGGACCAGCACAGUCUGCCACACCGGCGUAUGCUACAGUGGGACCUACAGGCUAUUUGGAUUUUGGAGGGGGUGGAACCUCUCUAGGCUCAUUCUCUUCAGCUCCAACAAUGCUGUUAAGCAGUGCUCUGCAGCAGCAAACAGGGGGAGGUAUAAAUGGGGUUGGAACUUCUAUCCUUCAUCAGCAUCUAAUGCAACAGAGAAGGCAACAUUUUUAUUGGAAAAUUUGAAUUUUUCUACUCCCCCUCACCCACAGCCGACUUUGUCCACCAAAUUCACCAACAAAAUGGACGGCUGACCGAAUUAAUUCCAGCUAUAGUCCAACCCCAUCAAAACUCUAAUAAUAAUUCAAAUUUGAUUCAAAGACCUCCCCCUCCCCAAUCUUCACAUCCCCAACAAGAACAACAACAGACAAAUAAUAUUAAUAAUAAUGCCCAUUUAAGGCGCCAAAACACGCCUGGAGGGGCUUCUAGGAAUUCGAACAACUCGAAUACAACAACUACUAUUAGACCUGUUA